AUGACUCGCGCUCUCUUCUCGACGAACGGCGCGUCCGGAUCCAAGGCAACGGCGCCCCAGCCGCCGUACAAUGUCGUCAUUACCGGGUCAACUAAAGGCACGUCAUGUAUUGGGCGGGCCCUCGCUGAGGAGUUCCUGCGGGCGGGGGACCGCGUGGUCGUCUGCUCGCGAUCAGAGGAGCGCGUGGAUGCGGCUGUGGCUGAGCUGGGCGCCAAGUACGGCAUUGACAAGGUCAAGGGUGUGGCUGUGGAUGUGGCCCGCCCCGGCCAGGCCCGUGUGCUGGCGGACUACGCGUUCCAGCAGCUGGGGGGCCGAGUGGACCUGUGGAUUAACAACGCAGGCACCAACGGCUACCGGUACGGCCCCAUGGCGGAUAGUACGGACGAGGAGCUGCAGCAGAUUGUGGGGACCAAUGUGCUGGGUGUGAUGCUGUGUUGCAAGGAGGCUAUUCGUGUGAUGAAGGGUCAGAACAGCCACGGUCACAUCUUCAACAUGGACGGUGCGGGCGCCGACGGCAACGCCACUCCGCGGUUCGCGGCGUACGGCGCCACCAAACGCAGUUUGGCCCAGCUGGGUCGCUCCCUCGGCGCCGAACUGGGGAUACUUGGUAUUCGCCACGUGGCCGUACACAACCUGUCCCCGGGUAUGGUGACCACGGAGCUCCUGAUGACAGGUGCCAACACACCCACCGCCAAGUUCUUUAUCAACUGCCUAGCCGAGCCCGCUGCUGACGUGGCGGCCUACCUGGUGCCCCGCAUACGUGCCGUACCGCAGUCCUCCGUCAACCCCCUGACGGGCUCCCUGUCCGCCACCUACAUCCGCUACCUGACCCAAUCCAAGGCGCUUCAGCAAAUAGCGGCGCGCUUGCUGACGGGCGCUCGCAAGGGCCGCUACGUGCCGGAGGACGCGUGA